AAUACUUUAAAAUAUAGUCCAUCAUGGAUUACAAGGCUGGAGGUAAAAGGAAGCAGCAGCAUAGUUUGAAUUUACUAGAUCAACUAAAAUGUAUGAAAGAUUUAACUGAAAUGAUUGAUGUGGUGUUAGUGGCUGAAGAAAAAAAAUUCCCUUGCCACAAAUUGAUCCUGGCUGCUUUUAGCCCCUAUUUCAAAGCAAUGUUUACUUGUGGGUUGAUGGAAUGCGCACAGAGAGAAGUUGUGCUACAUGACAUAGCAGCUGAAAGCAUAUCCGUUCUCCUGCACUACAUGUACACUUCUGAAUUGCAUCUCACAAAUUGUAAUGUACAAAAUGUGGCCAUUGCUGCCUUUUUUAUGCAGAUGGAAGAUGUGUUUAGUCAAUGUCAAACCUACAUGAUGGACCACAUUGAAGCUUCCAACUCUGUAGGGAUCUAUUAUUUUGCAAAGCACAUUGGGGCAGAAGAACUAUCUGAACGAGCCAGGAAAUAUUUGUACCAGCACUUUACUGAGGUGAGCCAGCAUGAAGAAAUACUAGAGAUAGAAGCUCAGCAACUGCUAAGCCUGAUCAGAUCCGAUGAUCUGAAUGUAUCCAGAGAAGAGAGCAUCUUGGACUUAGUCCUUAGAUGGGUUAACCACAGUCGGAAGUUGCGUGCAGAUCAUCUCAUUGAGCUCCUGAAGCAAGUAAGGCUGGAACUUGUAAGUCCUUCAUUCCUAGUGGAAGCUCGGAAAAGGAACACAGUGCUUCUGAGUAAUUCUCAGUGUAUAGACAUGAUUGAGGGAGCCUUAGAAACCAUGAAAAAAUCCAAUCAACUUUCCCUCAGCCUUCGGUAUGGCAUGGAGACCACUACACUUCUCCUUUGCAUUGGCAAUAACUCAGGGGGGAUCCGAUCAAGGAAAGGUAAUUAUGCCGAGGCCAGCUUCUGUUACGCACCUCUAACGCAAAAGACCUACUUCAUUUCCUCUCCAAAAUAUGCAGAAGGCCUUGGCAGUAUAUACACCGGUGUGGUUACUGAGGUCAACAGAAUUGUUGUUGCAGGGGAGGCGAGUGCUGCCAAGAUGUCUAGACAAAAGACCAGGAAGAUUGAAAUUUAUAGGUAUGAGGGUCAUGGAAAUCGAUUUUGGGAAAGCCUGUGCACAGCGCAGUUUCGUGAACUGUAUGCUUUAGGCACUAUCCAUCAUGAUUUAUACAUCAUAGGAGGUCAAAUGAAACUGAAAAACCAAUAUCAAAUUACCAAUAUUGUGGAGAAGUACUCCAUGGAGCAGGAGAACUGGAGAACUUUGGCCCCGCUCCCAGUGCCGCUGGCUUGCCAUGCAGUCGUUGCUGUGAAAAACAGGCUGUAUGUCAUCGGAGGAUGGACCCCACAGAUGGAUCUUCCCGAUGAUGAGCCUGAUCGAUUAAGCAACCGAACGUUGCAGUAUAACCCAAGCCAAGACAAAUGGGUGGAGUGUGCGCCGAUGAAGUAUUCGAAAUACCGCUUCAGCACAGCUGUAGUCAACCAUGAGAUUUAUGUGCUGG